AUGGCCACCAUCACCUGCACCCGCUUCACGGAAGAGUACCAGCUCUUCGAGGAACUGGGAAAGGGAGCCUUCUCGGUGGUGCGCAGGUGUGUGAAGGUGCUGGCUGGCCAGGAGUAUGCUGCUAAGAUCAUCAACACCAAGAAGCUGUCGGCCAGAGACCAUCAGAAGCUGGAGCGUGAAGCCCGCAUCUGCCGCCUGUUGAAGCACCCCAACAUCGUCCGGCUCCACGACAGCAUCUCUGAGGAGGGACACCAUUACCUGAUCUUCGACCUGGUUACUGGUGGGGAGCUGUUUGAGGACAUCGUGGCCCGGGAGUAUUACAGUGAGGCUGAUGCCAGUCACUGUAUCCAGCAGAUCCUGGAGGCCGUGCUGCACUGCCACCAGAUGGGUGUGGUGCACCGGGACCUGAAGCCGGAGAAUCUGCUGUUGGCUUCCAAGCUCAAGGGUGCCGCGGUGAAGCUGGCGGACUUUGGCCUGGCCAUAGAGGUGGAAGGGGAGCAGCAGGCAUGGUUCGGGUUCGCAGGGACGCCUGGAUACCUCUCCCCGGAAGUGCUGCGGAAGGACCCAUAUGGGAAGCCUGUGGACCUGUGGGCCUGUGGGGUCAUUCUGUACAUCCUGCUGGUUGGGUAUCCGCCAUUCUGGGAUGAGGACCAGCACCGCCUGUAUCAGCAAAUCAAAGCCGGCGCCUAUGAUUUCCCGUCACCAGAAUGGGACACUGUCACCCCGGAAGCCAAGGAUCUGAUCAAUAAGAUGCUGACCAUCAACCCAUCCAAACGCAUCACGGCCGCCGAGGCCCUCAAGCACCCUUGGAUCUCGCAUCGGUCCACUGUGGCCUCCUGCAUGCACAGACAGGAGACCGUGGACUGCCUGAAGAAGUUCAACGCCAGGAGAAAACUGAAGGGAGCCAUCCUUACCACAAUGCUGGCUACCAGGAACUUCUCUGGAGGGAAGAGCGGAGGAAACAAGAAGAAUGAUGGUGUGAAGAAAAGAAAGUCCAGUUCCAGCGUUCAGUUAAUGGAAUCUUCAGAGAGUACCAAUACCACCAUUGAGGAUGAAGACACCAAAGUGCGGAAACAGGAGAUUAUAAAAGUGACAGAGCAGCUGAUCGAAGCCAUAAGCAAUGGAGAUUUUGAGUCCUACACGAAGAUGUGUGACCCUGGGAUGACAGCCUUCGAACCUGAGGCCCUGGGGAACCUGGUCGAGGGCCUGGACUUCCAUCGAUUCUAUUUUGAAAACUUGUGGUCUCGGAACAGCAAGCCCGUGCACACCACCAUCCUGAACCCCCACAUCCAUCUGAUGGGUGACGAGUCGGCCUGCAUCGCCUACAUCCGCAUCACGCAGUACCUGGAUGCGGGUGGCAUCCCCCGCACGGCCCAGUCGGAGGAGACCCGUGUCUGGCACCGCCGGGAUGGCAAAUGGCAGAUCGUCCACUUCCACAGAUCUGGGGCGCCCUCCGUCCUGCCCCAGUAA